AUGGACACACUCUCAGUGCACUCUCACGCCUUAAUACAACUGAAAAAAGAAGAGCUGGAUCUUACAGAUCUUUUAAACAGGCUUGAACAGCAUGCCGACUUUAACCUUGGCGAGAAAGCAGGACUUGCACAGACAUACAACUCUUUGGGAUAUGUUAAGCAUCUCCUAGGGUCUUCUCAAGACGCACUUGGCUACCUGCAGAAGUGUGUAGAGCUCACUAAAGAGAGCAGGCUGGAUGACUGUGACAAGUGGCUCAUAGUGCCCUAUGGGAAUUUAGCCUGGUUGCAGUACCAGUUGAAGUGCUUUAGUGAAUGUGAGAGUUACCUGGAGAAGAUCAGAAGUAUUGUACAGGAAUUGCCAGAUUCAUCUUUGGGUCUUUGUCAUCAAGUGCUUGGAGAAAAGGCCUGGGCCUACUUCAAGUUCUCUCGCAAGUACUACAACCAGGCAAAAGAGUGCUUUGAGAAGGUUUUGGAGCUGGAGCAUAUGAAUGCUGAAUGGAAUUGUGGUUAUGCUUUUGUGCUCCACAGAACAGAAACACAGUGUCCUAGUGUAAGAACAAUUAAACAACUGCGUCAGGCCAUAGACACAAACCCGGAUAAUGAUGAGCUUAAAGCUCUCUUAGCAGUAAGACUUGGUGAAGCCAAGGAGUACAAUGAAGCGGAGAGUUUGGUGGAAGAAGCUCUGGAGGGUUCUCCUAAUGCUCCUAAUGUCAUUCGAUAUGUGGGAAAAUUUUUGAGGAUCUAUGGCUCAGUGGAGAGGUCCAUUGCACUGCUAAAAAGAGUUUUAGAGAAGUCACCCACAUCAGCUUUCAUACAACAUCAGCUUGCUCUCUGCUACAAGAGAAAAGCAAUUACUUUGCAGCGUGAAGAAAGUCAAAACUCACCUAGUGCUGGUGCUGAGAUUCAGAGGAGUCGAAGUCAGUGCAUUUAUUAUUUAGACAAGACCACCGAACUAAAGCCUGGCUUCAUUACAGCUAUGAUUGAGCUGGCAAAUCAGUACAGCAAGGAUGGGGAUCUUGAUCGUGCAGAAGAGAUGUUUCAGCAAACUCUGCAUAAAGCUAAAGAGAAAAAUGAAUACCUACAGCAGGUGUACCUCUCUUACGGGCAGUUUCAGCAGUACAGAAGGAGAUCCCUACCUGAAGCCAUCACUUGUUAUAUGGAAUGUCUGAAGAUAGAUGAAGGCACUGUAGAUGGGAAGAAAAGUGCUAAACAGCUGGGAAAGAUUAAUGAUAAACGUUCGUCUAAAAGCCCUGGGAGCAGGAAAGACUUGAGGAUCCCUGUGAGUAAAGAAGAGAGAAAUGCAGGGCCAUAGGAGGCUGAAGACAUUCUGCAAAAUACUAGUAUUUAUGAAUAACUAACUAUUCUGUGUAUUCUAAUAAUUUAGUUUAAAACAUGUUUAUUGUAAAAGACAUUGUAACUUUUCUCUUUCAUCAAAUAAAGAUGAUAUGUAAAUAUAUCUUAUAAGAUGGUCACUUAACCUUUAUCUUCUGUCAAUGUACUUGAUAUGAACACUGACAUAUCAGCUUCCAGUACUUGUUCAAGUUUGGAGUGAGUUGAAUCAGCACUGCCCUCUAGUGGCAUUAAUUUCUCUUCAAAGCUGAUUCAUAGAAAAAUUAUGACUCUGAUAUUUUUAACCACAGUACAUGUGAGAUACUAGACAUAGAGAGAAAAACACAACAAACACAUUCUCAAGUUAUACAGCACUUUUGGAUAAACACUUUACAAAAACAAACGCAAAAAAACAAAACAAACAAACGAUGCAAUAUGCACCAACUCUAACUCACCUUUUCUGUUUUUAACUUUUCAUUCACAAUCUACGAAUGAAAUGCUUUCUAACAGAAAGUUGCCAGAUAGAAAGGGCACAUUAACCGAAUUUCAGACUGUAAAAAUGUGCUGGUACUGCUACAAAUGUCUUUUUCCCAAAUAACUACUUAAGUUUAUGCACCUGUUUUUUUGUUUUGUUUUUAACAAAAAUAAAACAAUACAGAUGAUAUAACCAAUAGGUCCAACACUAUAAGAUUUUUGCAGUAUAAAACUCUGCCUGUUUGCCUUCACAUGCAUCUGGUGUGGAGACUUUGCUUAGCGAGUUCUUCUGAAUUCUCUGGCAGUGACGGACCACAGUGAUGGUACACAGCAGGAGAGCGCUGGAGAUGAGUGCAAAGCCACUGAGAAAGAACGUCGCUGUGUAGGUACCUGUGGUGUCCACCAACCAGAAAAAAAACUAAAUAUAUA